GGGGGCAGGGCUGCGCCCGGUCCGCGCCAUGCCGGGGCCCUGCCUGCCGCUGCUGCUGCUGCUCGCCGCGCUCUGCCCGUCCGCCCCGGCCCGCCAGGGCCCCGCCAGGAUCGCCGUGGUCGGCGGCGGCAUCGGCGGAGCGGCCACUGCCUACUUCCUGAGGCAGAAGUUCGGCGCCGGGCUGCGGAUCCAGGUGCUGGAGAAGGCGGCGGUGGGAGGCCGCUUGGCCACCGAGCAGCUGGAGGGGGCUGCCUACGAGGCGGGGGGCUCCGUCAUCCACCCCCUCAACCUGCACAUGAAGCACUUCGUCCAGGAGCUGGGUCUCUCGGUCGCCUCAGCACAAGGGAGCCUGCUGGGCAUCUACAACGGGGAGCACUUUGUCUUUGAGGAGAGCAGUUGGUACAUCGUCAACCUCCUCAAGCUCCUCUGGCACUAUGGCCUCAACCCCCUGCGCAUGUACAUGUGGGUGGAGGACAUCCUGGACAAGUUCAUGAGGAUCUAUCGCUUCCAGACGCACGACUACGCCUUCAGCACCCACGAGAGGCUGCUGCACGCCCUUGGAGGGGAUGACUUCACCCUCCUGCUCAACCAGACCAUCGAUGAAGCCCUGCAGAGGGCUGGCUUCUCUCACAAGUUCAUCAAUGAGGUGGUUUGUCCAGCCAUGAGAGUCAAUUACGGGCAGGGUGUCAACAUCAAUGGUUUUGUAGGUGCUGUUUCGCUGGCAGGGGUGGACUCAGGCCUUUGGUCAGUAAAAGGAGGGAACAAACUGGUCUGCACUGGUCUUCUUUCUGCCUCCAAGGCUGAAGUUCUCCCUGGAACUGUGUUGUCCAUAGAGCCCAAAGUCAGGCCCAGGCGCACAGGGGACCCAGUGAAGUUCUACCAGGUGACUUACAACACCACAUCAGGGGUGACAGGGGACACAUACGACAUGGUCUUCAUCGCUGCUCCCCUGAGCCCCAGAAUGGCCAACAUCACCUUCAAGAACUUUGAGCCUCCCAUUCCCGAGCUGCCAAAUCUUUACCACCAGACCGUCACCACUCUGGUGCACGGACGCCUGAACAGCUCCUUCUUUGGGUACCAAGACCCCUCAGCCUUUCCUUUUGGUGUCAUCCUGACCAUGGAGAACCCCAAGCUCUUCAUCAACAGCGUGGGGAAGGUGUCCCCCGUGGAAGGCGUGAGCGGCCGAGCGACGCUGUCCUCGCGCUCGGCCGUCUGGAAGGUGUUCUCCAACGAGGUGCUCACCAAGGAGCAGCUCAGUUUGCUUUUCUCCUCCUAUGACUCCCUCAAAGUGAAGCAGUGGUUGGCCUACCCUGAGUACAGGCCUCCAGAGAGGUGUUCUCCUAUCAUCCUCCACGACCACCUCUACUACGUGAGCGGCGUGGAGCGAGCUGCCAGCGCCAUGGAGAUGAGCUGCAUCGCGGCCAAGAACGCGGCCCUGCUCGCCUACCACCGCUGGCACGGCAGCAGCCACCACAUCGACCAGGAGGACCUGCAGGAGAAGCUGAAGACAGAGCUUUGAGCUCAGCUACAGCCUCCAGCAGGCAGCGUUCAGAGAGAGAGGGAGAUCCACCUACUGCAGCUGCUGAGCUGCCGCUGGAGCUGCUGAACAAAGGCCUCUUCGCUUGGUCCCCAAAGGGAGCUGCUCAGCUGACUGAAGAGAGCCUAGAGCCAAGGGGGAAGAAGCUUUCUCAAGUGUCCAACCCUUCCCCAAGGAAUUACACUUGGCCCUUCCUCAAGGAAACUUCCCCAAACCCUUCCUCAAGGAACCUCCCCAAACCCUUCCUCAAGAAGUUCCUCUGGUCCUACCUCAAGGAAUUCUCCUUGGCCCUUCCUCAGGCAACUACCCUUGGGCUUCCUCAAGGACACUUGCCUGGCCUUCCUCAAGCAAAAUCCUCCAACCCUUCCUCAAGGAAGUUCCUCAGUCCCUUCCUGAGUGAGAUUAAAGUAGUUCUCAGGGCCAUGUUGACUCCAGAAGUGCAGCCAGGAACCCACCAGACAUAGGAUCUGCCUCACUGUGAUGAACCCCUGCAAAUCAAUUCCCUCCUCUGGACAUGUUUCAGGCCAGGCAAAUCAAUUCCUGGCUGUCAAGUCUUGGCCUCAGCCAUUUCCAACCAGUUCUGGGUGGAAAUCUGGGACCAUGUCCUUCAUUUGCUUCCAGAAGCAGCUUGGGGUGGUGGGGCUGGGUGUGCCAAAACAGGUGGAAGAAUCCAUGGGUUUUGCUUUGUGGAGCUUUGGAAGCAUUAAUUUGGGUGAGCUGAGCUCCUACAGGCAGGAGAAGGUGGCUCUGAGUGGGAGAAAAUCCCUCUUGCUGGGAAUGUUGUGUCCCUUGCCUGUGUGAGGUCCCUGUGAUGCCUCCACCCUGUCUGGAGCUUGUGGGUCAAUAAAAUUAAUGCAGUGUGGAAG